AUGCCAGAAGUGACCAAAUCGCCUGGCCUCGAGCCAACGGCGACCGAGCGCCCAACUCUCCCCCGAGAUGAAAGUCCCGAUGCGAACUACAGGGCCAAAGCCGAGAUUCUCAACAACGCGAUUCAGAUUAUCGGCAUGGGCCGAUACCAGUGGCAGCUCUUCGUGGUAAUUGGAUUUGGCUGGGCGAGCGACAACCUAUGGCCAAUCGUUACCUCCCUGAUUCUCCCGGCAGUCUCGAACGAGUUUCAUCCCUCGAAAGCGCCGUUGUUGACACUUGCACAAAACAUCGGACUGCUAGUCGGUGCUGUGUUUUGGGGAUUUGGAUGCGAUUUUUUCGGUCGCAGAUGGGCGUUCAACUUGACGAUUGGAAUCACAGCUGUGUUUGGUCUGAUCGCGGCCGGAUCACCCAAUUUCGCAGCCAUUUGUGUGUUUGCAGCUUUGUGGUCUGUCGGCGUUGGUGGGAAUCUGCCAGUCGAUUCGGCCAUCUUUCUCGAGUUCCUACCUGGAUCACAUCAGUACCUAUUGACUAUCUUGUCGAUUGACUGGGCUUUAGCACAGGUGGUGGCCAAUCUGAUCGGUUGGCCACUGCUUGGAGACAGGACUUGUGGUUCGGCAGAAGGGUGUACAAAAGCCGAUAAUAUGGGAUGGCGAUGGUUCAUGAUCACGAUGGGUGGCAUCGCGAUGAUCAUGUUCGUCGGUCGGUUGGUGUUUUUCACGAUUUACGAGUCGCCCAAGUACCUCAUGGGGAAGGGGAGGAAUGAGCAGGCUGUGGAGGUCGUCCAUGAAGUUGCCAGAAGAAAUGGGGAAACCUCCGAUUUGACGAGAACCGAGCUCGACGCCUUCGACCAGGGCGAGAUACAACAUUUCACUGCGGCAAAUGUUGUCCGCCAACGUCUAGAGACCGUGCGGUUUGAUCAUAUCCGCGCUCUUUUCGACACUCCCAAGCGAGCAUGGGCUACAACAUUGAUCCUCGUCGUCUGGGCAUUCAUUGGUCUCGGGUUUCCAUUAUACAAUGCAUUUCUUCCAUAUAUCCAGGAGACCCGAGGCGCUGAAUUUGGUGAUGGGUCGACAUACAUCACGUAUCGAAACUCGUUGAUUAUUGCCGUGAUGGGCAUACCAGGCUGUCUCCUAGGCGGAGUGCUGGUUGAAUUACCGGGCUUUGGUCGGAAGGGAGCUCUCAGUAGCUCGACAGCUAUAACUGGGGCCUUUCUUCUUGCAUCGACAACAGCUACCACCUCAAAUGCUCUGCUAGGUUGGAACUGCGCCUUUAAUUUCAUGAGCAGCCUCAUGUACGCCGUAUUGUACGCAUACACGCCUGAGAUCUUCCUUACCAAGGAUCGGGGUACGGGCAACGCCUUAACUGCGUCUGCGAACCGGAUCUUUGGUAUCAUGGCUCCCAUUAUUGCCAUGUUUGCUGACCUCACGACCGCUGUACCUGUUUAUGUUAGCGGAGCACUGUUCAUCGCAGCGGGUAUUCUUGUGCUGUUCAUGCCUUAUGAAUCUCGUGGAAAGGCGAGUUUGUAA